AUGCUAGAACAGACCCUCCAGGAGGAGUGGGUCCCCGAGGAGUGGGCCAAGAAGGCGAUCCAGUACAAGGCGUUGAAAAAGAGGAUCAACCGAGUAGUUGAGGAGCUCGAGUCGAUAGGCAUUAAGCGCGAGGAUAUGGUGCUCAUGUACGAUAUUGAGCGUGUGCAGCACCAGCUGGUUCCGCGGCUGACGGUUCGCACGACGCUGGAGAUGGAGGACUUGGUUUUGACCAAGAUCGAGGAGUUGGGGUAUUCGUUUACAGAGGUGCAAGAGGCCGAGGCUGGGGUUUGUUUGUUGACGGUUAGUUUGCAUCAGGAUGCGCUGUUUUUCCAAACUUUGUACGAGGAGCUGGAGGAAUUGAGUCGGUUUCGAGACGAGCGCGAAAAGGAGAUUGUGGCGACCGUGGAGAGUCUUGCCGCGGAAAUAGGCAAAGUCGGGGGGCCCAGCAGAAGAAAGUCGGACAUGUAUUUGUGGCGGGAGAUUUUCCAGCUGUACAUCGAGAGCGAGGUGUUUUUCAGCACAAGAGAGAGAUCUGCCGGCCGUGUGGACGUGGAGGUGUCGCGACAGCGGAUGGGCGAGUUUGUGGCGCAUGUGAACUCUGCCGGACUGCAGAAGAGGUUUCAUCACCGGGGAUCGCUGGCCGCGUUUGGAGCGUUCCAGGAGAUGAACAUGCAGAUCAUGAAGGUGGCCAAUUACCAGACGAUCAACGGGAUCGCCGUGCACAAGAUACUGAAAAAGUUUGACAAGCAAACGUCGCUCAACUCGUCGAUCCUGUUCCCGGACAUUUUACAGAAAUCGUUCGAGACCAACAUUCUGAAUAGCACCGUUUGCAAGGACGUCUGUUCGGUGAUUGCACAGCGCUUACUUAACAUCAUCCCGCAAUUGGAAGACUAUACCUGUCCGAUCUGCUGCUCUGUUGCGUUCAAGCCGAUAAGACUCGAUUGCGGGCACUUAUUUUGCGUGAGAUGUCUGGUGAAGCUACAACGCAAGGACGAGGACAAAUGCCCGCUGUGUCGCCAGGCUGUUGUGCUGCACGCCGACGAGCGCAACCUGGACUACGCACGCAUGGAGUAUCUCAAGCUGUACUUCCCGCGCGAGGUGAAGGAAAAACAGACCGAGAACGAGCGCGAGAUCUUCAAAGAACAAUACGGCCACAUUGUGGACCCGGACAAGCCAACGUGCACGAUUGUGUGA